AGAGAUGUAACAAGCUAUACCAAUAAGACAUGAGCGCAAUAAUCAAGAUUUAUGUCAUAUUUUUGAUGGUUUGUGGAUAUAAAGGACAGUCUGUAAGAUGUGAUUACAAAUAUAAACAUCACUGGACAACUGGAAUAAAAACUACAAAUGUCUCUUUAUAUGCUUGCGAAUUAAACACAGAACAAUCAAAUUACAAUGAAAGAAUCACUACAAUUGAUGGACAACAUGAAGAUGAGCACAGCGAUGCUGAGGUAAAGCAUUUUAAAAAUUAUGUAGGCACCAAGCUUGAUACAUUAACGUCCAUUUUCUGUAAUAAGUUUCCAAAUCUUGAAACAAUUUUCAUGCUAGAAACAGAAAUGGAAUCAAUUGAUGCAGAUUCGCUGACAAAUUGUAAAAAUUUAGAUCAUUUGCUAUUAAUUAGGAAUAAUAUACAGGAGCUUCCUGAAAAUUUGCUGAUUGAAAACUCAAAAUUAACUUUAGUAAGGAUUUUAGACAACCGACUAAAGACACUGCCUGAAACUUUAUUUCUAAACCAACAGAAACUUGAGGAAUUGAAAUUGGAUCAGAAUAAAAUUAAUUUCUUGCCAAGCAACAUUUUUUGUCCUCUUGUAAAACUUGAAGUGCUGAAUUUGUGCAAAAAUAAGCUUUGGUCAAUAAAUCCAGGAUGGUUUAAGAAUCUACAGACUUUAAAAUGGCUAAACUUGAAAGGAAAUAAAAUAACAAAAAUUCCGUCAAAAGCUUUUGUCGAACUUAAAAAUUUAGAAAAAUUGUUGAUUUCGGACAAUAAAAUUGCGACUUUAAAGGCAGACAACUUUGAUGGACUUCAAAAUUUGAAAAUAUUAAGCUUUAAAGGCAAUCAAAUAUCAGAUCUGCCUGUUGGUGUCUUCAAUCAGUUGACAAAUUUGCAAGAAUUGAAUUUAAAGAACAACAAAUUGACAUCAAUCCACUCAGAUUCUUUCGGUGUUCCCAAUAAUUUGACCAAAUUUUGGCUUGUCAACAACAAAAUCAGCGCAAUUGAUCCAAAGUUUAUCAACAAUACAGCCGUUGCUUAUCUUGAUAUGACCAAUAACAUCUGCAGUCAGUCUAAGUUCAAAACCAGAUCUAAGAAUAAUUUGACAAAAUGUUUUGGCAAUUACCAGCCUCGCUCAGUUCAAGUUUCAAGCGAAUGUGGACGAUCAGUCAUGCCACAAGGAAACAUCAUCGGUGGAAAUAAAAUCAAACGUGGCUCAUAUCCAUGGAUUGCAGCACUUAUGACACCAAAAGGACAGUUGUUCUGUGGAGGAACUCUCGUGUCGAACCGCAAAGUUGUAUCAGCCGCACAUUGCAUCCAGAACAAAGGAGAACCACAAAAAUUAUUACCACGCUCAAUCAUCGUUCUUUUAGGAUUUUAUGACCUUAGCAUACCAAUUGAAGUCGGCCGAGCUCCUUAUGCAGUCCAAGGCAUACACAUUCAUCCUGAUUGGAAUCCAUACACAUCAUCAUACGAUGCUGACAUUGCUGUAUUGAUGCUGAAUCGUGAUGUCACAUUUAAUGAACAUAUUCAGCCAAUCUGCAUGACAUCAUCUGAUCCAAGGAUUGCAGAAAAGACUGAAGGUUCUGUUGUUGGAAAUGGAAAAGGUGGUCAAGCUAAUCAGUUUGAAAAUAUACCGAAAAUCCUAAAAAUCCCGAUCAAAACUGAUCGCCACUGCACUAAGAAGGACAGCAUUUUUAAAGAUCUUUUAACUGGACGAACUUUCUGUGCUGGAAGUGGAACUGGUCAAGGCGUAUGCACUGGUGAUAGUGGAAGUGGAUUUGUUGUGCAAAUUGAAAACGUUUUUUACCUUCGCGGUGUUGUGUCAGCAUCGCUUGGUGAUUCUAUACUCGGAUGUGAUGUCAAUUCCUAUUCUGUCUUUACGGAUGCUCUGAAGUACGUCAAUUGGAUUGAUGGAUUAAAGGACAUUCCUGUUUAUGAUGAUCGGAUCAUAUUUCCAUAUUAAGAAUAUAUUUUUUUAUUGAUUUCCAGCUCUAAUUUUUCUUUCCCAAAUAAGAUAGGAUUCCUUUGACAUCAAUAUAAGCUCGUGGAAGCUAAGUUAAAAUGAAGCAAGUCUUAUUAAAUAAUUUGUUAAAUUAACAUUAAUUUGAGGUUUUCACGAAUUUUCACGAACCCUGAUUACAAUUUUUAAAACGGUAGAAACCAAUUCGAAUUUCUGAACGCACCCAUCAAGUGUUUUUCAUAUGAAAUAAAAAAAUCAUUAAUUAAAGUAUAAAUAUACUGUUUUAGGACUCUUAUUUGUUUUGCCGGCCAAAAAUUCGAUAGAACUGAACUAAUAAAACAAACCCGAGCUCUCUACGAUGUCUGGUUAAAAAGUUUUUCUUCGCCCGAGCAGCCGAACAGCCAAACAAAGUGUAUUAUUAAGCUACCUUUUAGAAACAAGUUUCAAAAAUGCGC